AUGCACCAGACCUUGGUCGGUGAGGCUCAUGGAAUGCUCAAUGCGCCGGGGGACGGCAAAUUCACAGAUGAGUCGGACCGAACUAGCCUUGGGCCAGUGAUCGUCCAGAUGGUUUGGAACAAGCUCGUCUACUUCCUUGAGCAAGGUGACUGGCACAGCUACCGAUGCAUGCUGAACGAGCAGCGAGUGCGAUACCUCAAGAGCCUGGAUGUGGAUCCCAUUGAUGGACUGAUACCCAAACCUCCCACGAACAUCGAUCCAUUUUCAUCGCCGCAGACCUUCGUGCUGGCAAGGUUUCUGCACCAGAACGGGUUUCAAAGCCCACUGGAGAGGGACGCGAGGGGAUGGUCGCCUUUGUGCUUUGCCGCGAUGAACGGCGAUGUCAUGCUUGUGGAGGCACUACUGGACAGCAAGGCUGACGUGAACGAUGCCAUUACAAAAGCAAAGAAGGAAAUGAGCCUUCCAAAAAGGAUGUCGGUGUUGUCCCUUGCGGCAUUCUACCACAGCAGCGAAGUGAUGCGGCUGCUGUUGGCGCGGAGGGCCAAGUUGAGUGCCACUGAUGCUCAUCAGGGAACGGCACUGCACUGGGCCAGCUGUUCCGACAAUGCAGAGGGAGUUCGAAUUCUCUGUGCUGCCGGGGCCGAUCCAAGCAAGCAGUGCUUACCGGGUCUCAAUCCAUUCAAUUUGGCCUGCGCCUGUUCUACAGCGAAUGCCAUGAAGGAGUUGUUUGCACAGGUUCCAUCCCUCGAUUUGCGGCACAGCCUGCAUUUCGCAAUGAUGUUCUUCGGAGGCUACUCCGAGACCGUCUCGUUUCUUAUUGAGGUGAAGGCAGACGUGAAUGAGCGCUUCCAAGUCCGGCUGCAGGAGCCGGUCUGGUGGCUUAUCAUGAACAUGGCAGGGAUCAGGCACAGGCUGAGCCCAUCCAGGCUGACUUCUUUGGCUUACCAUCAUGCAGGAGCGACGCCGCUGAUGUUCAGCAUUUUGAGCGGGUACUUCGAAGCCACGUCCCUGCUCCUCGCCGCCGGCGCACGUUUGGACACUCAAAACUCCCGCAAGAAGACGGCAGCAGAUUUUGCUCGCGCAAUGCGAGCUCCGGAGCCGCUUCUGCGAUCUUUGCAAG